AGCCAAUCUGAGGCCUUACCAUAAGAAUGGGAGGUGAGUUAAAGUGAGAAGUGACAGUCCUUCAGAAAUAGCCAAUCUGAAUCCUGGAAUACUGAUCUGACCAUGAUCUACUGAAACAAAUAGCAAUGAAUCUCCAGGAAGAGGAAUAUUUUGCAUCUGACUGGUUGACUAGAAAACAUAAGAGAAAAAGUUCCAUUGUUGUUCUUAGAAUAACACUAAGUGAAAAGAGGGUAUUUAACUCACUGCCAAGCUUCUUCAAAUAUUCAUAUUAGAUCCUAUAAAUUAGCAGCUGUAGCAACAGAAGAGUGUUGUCCUUCCCUGGUGUCAACCAAGAAGUGUUUUUCUGAAAGGGGGAAGUCAUAACAUCCCUUUUAGUGGACUCCAGUAAUGACUGAAAGGAAAGGUUAUGCUGGAAAUGGGCUUGUUCAUGUUAAAAACCCUCAUUUGGAUUCAAUGGACGAAGAUGUUCUUUAUCACUUAAAUUUAGGAACUAAAACACACAACCUACCAGUGAUGUUUGGUGACGUAAAGUUCGUCUGCGUUGGUGGCAGCCCGAACAGAAUGAAAGCUUUUGCUCAGUUCAUGCACAAAGAACUUGGACUUGAAGGAGAUGGGAAAGACUUGAAAGAUAUUUGUGCUGGGACAGAUCGGUAUUCUAUGUACAAGGCUGGACCAGUGCUCUCUAUCAGUCACGGGAUGGGUGUUCCUUCCAUUUCUAUUAUGCUUCAUGAACUAAUCAAAUUACUACACCAUGCAAAAUGCUGUGAUGUUACUAUUAUACGCAUCGGUACUUCUGGGGGCUUAGGCAUUGACCCUGGAACUGUUGUAAUCACAGAUAUCGCAGUGGAUUCAUUUUUUAAGGCUCGGUUUGAGCAGGUGAUACUGGAUAAUAUAGUUGUACGAAGCACUGAACUUGAUAAGGACCUUGUUGAGGAGCUACUGAACUGCAGCAAAGAGAUUCAUUACUUUCCAACACUUAUUGGGCAUACUAUGUGCACUUAUGAUUUUUAUGAAGGUCAAGGACGAUUAGAUGGAGCAUUGUGUUCUUUUUCCCAUGAAAAGAAGUUGGAGUACUUAAAGAGAGCUUAUGAUGCUGGUGUAAGAAAUAUUGAAAUGGAGUCAACUGUAUUUGCUGCUAUAUGUGGACUGUGUGGUCUAAAAGCUGCUGUUGUCUGUGUGGCACUCCUUAACCGACUCGAAGGUGACCAGAUUAAGGCACCCCAUGAAGUUCUAGUAGAAUAUCAGCAACGGCCUCAGCAUCUGAUCUCAAUUUUUAUCAAAAAGCGUCUUGGGUUAUAUAACCAAAUGGAAUUACUAGACAAUGCAUUUUUCCUGAAUAACUAAGGGAAAAAUAUACCCUGCCAAUACACAAAAUGAAUGUCUUAUGUAUUUAUCUCUGUAUAUUGAUACAUAUAGGCAGACAUAAAUAUAAUGUUGCUGUGUAGUGAAUUCAAAUAUAAAUGAAACUGUUUAUAAGGAAACAGAAUGAUAGUUCCAAAUGGUUUCAAUGCAUAGUUAGUGAAAACUCUACAGCCAGUUAUAAUGUAGUCAUUUUGUCCUAUAAGGGGAUUUUACGGCAUACACAUUCACAUAAAAUUAACACCUAUCUAUAAAACACUUUCCACAUCAGAUCCCUCUACAGGCAUAAAAAGGUGUGGAGUGUAAUCACAAGUAGCCCUAGUGGGACUCAGUGAACCUGAUUUAUAAUAGGGCCUGUGGGUGUUCAGCACCUCUGAACAUCUGCCCCUGUAGUGUUCCAGGAUCCAGACCUAUCUAGGACUUGGUUUUUGUUUAAUUUUACAUAUUUAUAUAUCUGAGAAAAGGUCUGAAAUGGAAAGUAUGUAAGUAUUACUAUAACAUAAAAGGGUAGGCCACAGAAAUCCUUCUUAUAGCAAAAAUAAAAUUAUCAUCAUGGUGGAACUGCUCACUAAGUGGGUGUAGGUUUGGGCCCCAAGGUGAUUGUUUAGAAAGCCAAAACUAGGCAAAUCAGCAUUUGUGGCAUUAAUGUUCUUCAUUGAGUUUCAGCAAACACAGGUGAUAGGCAGCUUAUAAAGAGAGAAUAAAUAUUAUUGAUACAAAUUUAAUUUUACUGUAAAUUACUAACGAGUCCUGUAUCCUUCAUAUGUGUUUGCUAAUCAGCACAUAGAAAUACAAAUCAUGAUCUCUAACUUUGAAA